AUGGCCUCCGCAGAGUUGCAGGGGAAGUACCAGAAGCUGGCUCAGGAGUACUCGAAGCUUCGGGCUCAGAAUCAGGUUCUGAAAAAAGGGGUUGUGGAUGAACAAGCAAAUUCUGCUGCUUUAAAGGAACAACUGAAAAUGAAGGAUCAAUCAUUGAGAAAACUGCAGCAGGAAAUGGACAGUUUGACAUUUCGAAAUCUGCAGCUUGCCAAGAGGGUAGAACUGCUUCAGGAUGAACUGGCUCUAAGUGAACCCCGAGGCAAGAAAAACAAGAAAAGUGGAGAUACUUCUUCUCAGUUGAGCCAAGAGCAGAAGAGUGUCUUUGAUGAAGAUCUGCAAAAGAAGAUAGAAGAGAAUGAGCGGUUGCACAUACAAUUUUUUGAAGCCGAUGAGCAGCACAAGCAUGUGGAAGCAGAGCUCAGGAGUCGGCUGGCCACUCUGGAGACGGAGACGGCUCAGCACCAAGCCGUGGUUGAUGGCCUGACACGGAAGUACAUGGAAACCAUUGAGAAACUGCAGAACGACAAGGCCAAACUAGAAGUAAAAUCUCAGGCUCUAGAAAAGGAAGCCAAGGAAUGUCGACUACGAACAGAAGAUUGUCAAUUACAGUUAAAGAAUCUUCAUGAAGAUUUGUCAGGUAGAUUAGAGGAAUCCUUAUCAAUCAUCAAUGAAAAAGUACCUUUUAAUGAUACAAAAUAUAGUCAGUAUAAUGCUCUGAAUGUUCCACUCCACAAUAGGCGACAUCAGCUGAAGAUGCGAGACAUUGCUGGGCAGGCCCUGGCUUUUGUUCAAGACCUUGUGACAGCUCUUCUGAACUUCCACACCUACACAGAACAGAGGAUUCAGAUUUUUCCUGUGGAUUCUGCCAUUGACACUAUAUCUCCAUUGAAUCAGAAGUUCUCACAAUACCUUCAUGAAAAUGCAUCCUAUGUCCGCCCUCUUGAGGAAGGAAUGCUUCAUUUAUUUGAAAGUAUUACUGAAGAUACUGUGACUGUCCUGGAGACAACUGUGAAAUUGAAAACUUUCUCAGAGCAUUUAACCUCUUACAUAUGUUUUCUUAGGAAGAUUCUUCCUUAUCAGUUAAAAAGUUUAGAAGAAGAAUGUGAAUCUUCCCUUUGUACAUCUGCGUUAAGAGCCAGGAAUCUAGAGCUGUCUCAGGACAUGAAAAAGAUGACAGCUGUGUUUGAGAAGCUGCAGACUUAUGUCAGCCUUCUCGCCUUGCCAAGUACGGAGCCAGAUGGACUCCUGCGGGCAAACUUCAGUUCCGUCUUAACAAACGUUGGUGCUGCUCUGGAUGGAUUUCAUGAUGUCAUGAAAGAUAUCUCCAAACAUUAUAGUCAAAAAGCAACAAUAGAGCAUGAACUUCCAACAGCAACACAGAAGCUCAUAACAACGAAUGACUGCAUCCUGUCAUCAGUAGUGGCAUUAACAAAUGGAGCAGGAAAGAUUGCAUCAUUCUUCAGCAAUAAUGUGGACUAUUUCACUGCUUCACUGAGCUAUGGGCCUAAGGUAGCGAGUGGAUUCAUUAGUCCUCUUUCCGCCGAAUGCAUGCUACAGUACAAGAAAAAAGCUGCUGCUUACAUGAAGGUUUUGAGAAAGCCCCUCUCGGAGUCUGUGCCUUAUGAAGAAGCACUGGCGAACCGCCGGGUCCUUCUCAGCUCUACGGAAAGCCGAGAAGGCCUUGCACAACAGGUUCAGCAGAGUUUGGAGAAGAUUUCUAAACUGGAGCAGGAAAAAGAACAUUGGAUGUUGGAAGCACAGUUAGCCAAAAUCAAGUUGGAGAAAGAAAACCAGCGAAUUGCAGAUAAGCUGAAGAGUACGAGUAGUGGGCAAGUGGCUGGGCUGGCCCAGGAAAAUGCCUCUGCGGCGAAUGCUUCAGACCAGGAAGAAACAGCGAAGGCUGUGCCGGAGGCAGUUCACAGCACCAGUGUGGUUGGGAUUUUAACCAGGACAUCUGACAGUGAGGUUCCAGAUGUGGAAUCUCGUGAAGACCUAAUUAAAAAUCACUACAUGGCAAGGAUAGUGGAACUGACAUCUCAGCUACAGCUGGCGGACAGCAAGUCCGUGCAUUUUUAUGCUGAGUGCCGAGCACUCUCUAAAAGACUGGCCUUGGCUGAAAAGUCCAAGGAGACCCUGACAGAGGAGAUGAAAGUGGCCAGUCAGAACAUCAGCAGACUUCAGGAUGAACUGACAACUACCAAGAGAAGUUAUGAGGGUCAGUUAAGUAUGAUGAGUGACCACCUGUGCAGCAUGAAUGAGACACUGUCUAAACAAAGAGAAGAGAUUGACAUACUAAAGAUGUCCACUAAGGGAAAUUCUAAAAAGAACAAGGGUCGAUAG